AUGCCUUAUAUGCGUGCGCCCGGGACCGUCCGCCAGCACCUGUUGCUCAUCAGCCUCCUCUCCCAGCCCAGCCCAGCCCAGCACCCACCAGCACCCACGCACGCCAAUCUGCCCCUUGCAGGCCCCAAGAAUAGCCGCCCCCAGCCACGCCGUUGCCACUCCCAGGAUAUGCACGUUGCAACCACCGAUUUGCGCCCCCUUAGCACCACCUCGGGAGGCAUCAUCGCAUCUGACGUCUGA